AUGCCGCCGCGUAAGGCGAAGAAGGCCACCAGCGCGAAAUCAAACACUGCCGCUGCGGAGGUGGCGCGUGUAGCGAAGAAGGAAGCAGAAUCUGCUGCGUUGGUGCAGUGGCUUGAACAGAACGAUCCCCUUUAUGACCGCUCGGGGGAUCCACCCAUCACUGUCAGCGAGUUGCUCUCGACGAAGCUAUCUCAUAAUACAUUUUCAGUAACGGGCAAGGGUGAAAUGCCAUACAACUGGGACAAGUUUCGGGGUCUCUUGGAGGCGAGAAAGUCUGACAGCCCACGCUGGUUCAUGCAAUUACGCGAGGAGGAUCUUUUGGCUGACGAUGGCUUCACCGGUGUGACUGUGGAUUGCGUUGUUAUUGCGGAAGCCAGUGUCCCUACCCUUGCCCCAGCACACUACAUUGUGAAGAUGCAUAUGCCCUUUAGUGACCUGGAGGACAAUGCCCCAGAACGCAUUUUGCCCAUUGAAGGACAAGGCAUGUGCUGGCGUCGUGUGGUGCGCGACAACGGAUGCAAUAUUAACGCCUACUUGCUACAAAAACGAGGGACACCAAGUGGUGAAGCCCCUGUUUUUGGUUUUGGAGCUGCAGUCACAGCCGCGCCCUCCACGGCAACGGCGAAUAGCACUUCCGUGACUAAUUCCUCAAGUGGAUUUGGUUUCGGUGCUACGCCCUCGUCAAGCAGCAAUGGACCAUCUAGCUUUGGUUUUGGGGCUGCUGCUGCAUCAGUACCGACGAACACUACAUCGACUGCGACACCUCCCAGCAGUUUCGGGUUUGGUUUUAGCGCUGCGGCACCAGCAAGUGUAAAUGCCAGCAACUUUGGUUUUGGAGCCUCAACAAAUGGAACCACAUCCUUGGCUGCCCCCGUCGCUCCAUUAGGUGGGUUUGGUUCACAGUCAUCGCCAACAGUGACCCCAUUAAAGACGAGCGAGGUGUUGUUUGCACUGUGGUCAAAGAAGCGUCUUUCUGAGAUGACCAAGUCCCUUAAGUCGGGCAGCCGCGUUCUGAGAGAGGAUUUUAAACCGAGUUCAAACGCCCCCACUAUAAAGCUCGUGAUGCAGAACGACCUCAAGGACGAUGUUUGCAAGACUGUGAAACAGCUCAUUUUAAACAAAAUAUUUGCCAAACGCUGUACGGAUAUUUUGGACGUUGACCAUUGGAUUGACAGCUGUCCCGUGUACGAUGCACACUUGACUGCUGCAUUGCAGAAGUUUCGUGCCCAUCACGUGCAGAAAGUCGCAGAAAGCUCCGAUGAGUUUGAGGUGUUAUACGACGAGUGUCAUAAAUCGAUGGAGGCGGAGUUGAAUCGCAUUGUGGAACUGCGCAAGGCGAUGGUGCAGCAGGAGUUGGGGCGCAUUGAGGAGAUCAUGACUCAGUUGAAGGAGGGAAAGUUGGCGGAGAAGCGGACAUUCCGGCUCCUGAAAUAUUACGCUGCGAAUGAUGUCAUGCGUUUUCGUCCCUUUGGAAAAGUAAGCGGCAUUUCAGAGAUGGGAGAGAGUGCGGACGUGUGCGAGCCGCCGGCGCCGGUCUUGGUGAACCCCUUUAUGGCGCUACGGUCCGCUGCCUCCGCGUGA